AUGGCCCAGGGAGUGCUCUACACUGACCUGAGGUUUGCCAAAGGGCCAAGGGGCCGUGGCACAGCCAGCCAGCCACUGGAAGCAGCCCUUGGUAUGGAUGAGGCUGAGAGUCCCCACGAGAACAUCACACCAGAGCUGAUGCCUGUGGGGACAGCAGGGGAAGGGGCCUGGCACAGUCCAGGGUGCUGUUCCAGCCGGCGCUGUGUCCCUGUGGGGCUGGUGGCUGUCAGUCUACUGCUGCUGGUGGCCGCCAUGGUGCUAGGGGCCUGCUACUGGCAGGUGACUCGCCAGCUACAGGACACAUCCCUGGAGCAGGUGGCCGAGCGCGGCCGCUUCUCACAGGAGGUGCGGAUGCGGGACCAGAGCCUGGAGCAGAUGCGACAGGAGCUGGCACAAGUGCGAGAGGAGCUGCAGCAAGCAUGGCAACAGGGCAACAAUAGCCAGCAGGAGCUGGGCAGGUGGGAGGCCGAGCUGGCGUAUGUCUCAGGGGCCCUGGCUGCAACCCAGAAGGAGCUGAACAGCGUGCAGGGAAGGCUGAAUGCUAGUGAGAGCACCGUGACCCUGCUGCGCUCCUGCACGGCUAUAGACUGCUGCCCCUCAGGCUGGCUGCUGUACCGGGGAAAGUGCCUCUUCAUCUCAACGGACAAGAAGACGUGGGAUGACAGCAGGGCAGAGUGCGAGGAGCAAUACUCUCAGCUCCUGAUCACCAAAUCCUGGAGUCGCUGGACUGUGCCGAGCUUCCUGAAGAAUGCAGACAUCGCGUACUGGAUCGGGCUGCAGAAGAGCAAGUACCCCUGGUACGAAUAUGACUGGCUGGAGGAAGAGCCAGACGGUGAAGGGCUGACAGACGCCUGGUUCUGGGUGGACGGCUCGCUUUAUGAGAGACCUUGGCAGCCGAAGUCCAACGGGUCAUGUGCCGUCAUCAGCCGUGGGAACAUCAAACCGGCGCAGUGUGAGGGGCCAGACGACCUGCACCUCUGGAUCUGCGAGAAGGCAGCAGGGCCCAGCUCCCCGUUCAUGUGA